AUGAAGCUCAAUCUGGCCACCGGCCUAGUGUGCUUGCUCGCGACCACUGAAGCUGUUGCAGCUUCCAGCUGGUGGAGCAAAGCUGUCUACAACAAGUGGCAUGAAACCGAGCUUGAGAGAUGGCUCUCGGAUCAUGAUAUCCCCUACCCUACCCCCGCCGACCGCCGGGAUCUCGAGAACCUGGUCAAGUCGAACUGGGAAAACCGCGUGCAGAAGCCCCUGGGCAACGCCGCGGACCGAGUUACUGAUGAAUUUCACGAAGCAAAGGAAUGGGUGUUUGACACUUGGUCGGACUCCCAGCUGAAGGCAUUCUUGGAUCGCCAUGGCAUUCCGGCACCUCAACCACGCAAGCACGACCUCUUGCUCAAGACUGCCCGUGAGAACUACGAAUCCAUUGCGAAGAAGGCUGGUGAAACUGCCGCAUACCCCGGUAACUGGCUGUACGAGAACUGGUCCGAGUCUGAUCUUAAGGACUGGCUUGACGAGCGAGGAUGGCCCGCUCCCCAGCCCACGACCCGUGACAAGCUUGUCGCUUCCGUCCGCCGCAACUCCCGCCUUGCCAGCCUACAGGCCCAGAGUAUCUCUGCGUCCGCGGCAGCUUCGGCCGAGGCUGCUCAGGCAUCCUUGAGCGAGGAGCUGUUCAACGCCUGGUCCGACUCCAGGCUGAAGGAAUUCCUCGACGAGCACAACGUCAAGGUUCCCCAGGGCUCGAGACGUAAUGAACUUAUUGCCCUGGCUCGCAAGCACCGCGCCUAUCUCGUCGCCCAGGCUUCUAGUGCUUCUGCCGCCGCCUCGGAGGCUUUCGGUGCUGCUACUACUAAGGCUGGAAAUGAGUAUGCCCGUGCUACGGAUGAUGUCAAGAUGAAGAUGGAGGAUCAAUUCGACGCGGCGAUCAAGACUUGGUCCGACUCGCGCUUGAAGGCUUUCCUCGAUGCUCGUGGUGUACCUGUUCCCCAGUACAGCAAGCGUGAUGAGCUGGUCGCUAAGGUGCGCGCCAAUGCGCACCGCGCUGCCGGUGGAUGGAACGAGUACAACUUUGAUACCUGGGACAAGGAGCAUCUCUUGAAAUAUCUCUCAGCCAUGAACUCCAAGGCCGCAAAGAAGGCUGAUGCUUCUCGCGAAGAGCUGAUCAAGCAUGCUCGCGAUUCCUACCUGAAGGCCUCCAAGGCUGGUGGCGAGCACUACGCCUCUGCCACCAAGAACCUCGCCGAAGCCACCGGUACCGCUAAGCAGACCACCUUCGACAACUGGUCGCAAUCUGACCUCAAGAAGUACCUUGACUCGUACGGCAUCCCCGUCUAUCAGGGAUCGAACAUCAACGAGCUGCGCGCUGCUGCUCGUCGCCACGCGACCUACUUCCGGUUCGGUACCACCAACCCGCAAGAGACUAUCUACGCCAAGGUGAUGGAUACUCUUCACUGGGCUUUGGAGAAGCUCAAGGUUGGAGCUUCCAGCGGCCGCGUUCAGGGCCAGGAGGCGGCGGAGAAGGUCCGUGAGAAGGCCGCUGAGCAGACCGAGAAGAUUCGGAGCGAGCUGUAG